CAAAUCUAGUUAGCAUAGGUUAGAAUGACAGAAGUUGUAUCAUUACCCUACAAGAUACGAAAUACAGCAGACGUGUAUCAACUACCUGAGUCUGACUUCAAUUUCAGAAGUGGGAUACCCGAAAAAAAAAGUUCUUUGUCAUCAUGGAUAUUCGAAGCAAUGAGUCAACGGUAUUCAGCGAAAUUAAUCAAAAUUUUAACGGACCAAUUGGAAAGAAAAUCAGCGAUGGAGGAUCAAGUCUCUCUGGCGGAUUUUUCUCUGGCGUUACAAUGCAUCCUGAGUUCGUUAGGGCGAUGAUUCCGGAGUUCGAUCCAGAAGUUAUCGAAGCAAGACGAUGGAUACGGAAAGUUGAGAGAUUUGGUGAAGUUAGUGGAUGCUCGAAAGGUUUACUUUGGCAGUUUGCAGUUAUGCGGCUAGGAGUCACAGCAAAACUUUGGUACGAGAGUGUGGACGAAACCGUUGCGAACUGGGAAAACUUUAAGCUUAAAUUGGACGAGUCGUUUCCAGCUAGAAUUGAUGAAGCCGACGUUCAUGCAGAAUUGAUGAAGAGAACGAAACUUCGUGAUGAAACGUACGAGAACCUCGCAUAUGAAAUAAUUUCUAAAGCAAGAAGAGUAUCAUUUGGUGAGGCGGCGAUUAUCAAGUACAUUAUUCGAGGAAUUCCGCACCUGCAUAUACGUUCCAUGUUGAGUGGUAUGUUGUUCCAGUCUACAGAUGAGUUAGUUUCGGCUUUGCGGAGAAUGGAGAGACACGAAGAAUUCAAAUCGAAAAUAGCAGACACGUCGUGUUACUUCGAAGACAGCAGUUUCAGAAGGUUCAAUAGCAGCAAUCUAACCGGAUGUGGAAAACGCGGACAUGAAGCAAAAUCUUGUAACCAAACAUCAAGACAAGACCAUUUUGAAACAUCCAUUGGAAAACAUCAACAUCAAUUGAACGAGUGUUUUGAUGGACAACUACGCAACAAUAUACUGACGGUUGGACGAGAAGCUGAUCUCAAUCAAAAGUGUUCAUAUUCUUCAAGAAAAACACAGAAAAAUCAUGGUAGGGUUAGCAUAGAACAGGUAUAUUUUGAUAUGUUUAUUAGGUUAGAAAAUCAUUUAGUUGAAUCCCAAGCUCUUUUUGACACAGGUAGUUCUAUAUGUUUAAUCAAAAAUAGUAUUGUUUCAGGUAAAGUUCAGUUCGAAAAAUCUUUUCAAAACUCAUACGUAGGUUUAAAUGAUUCAAAACUCGAUAUUUUAGGAAUUUUUAACACAGAAAUUGUAAUUAAUAAUUAUAUUUACACUUUACAGUUCAAGAUUGUGCCAGAUUCCACGAUGCGCCCGAUGUGUAUUUUGGGAUCGGAUUUCAUUAAGGGCAACAACCUGCUAGUUGAGUACGACGGUCGAUUUAUACAGUUUGCAAUCAAAAGCCAAUUGAUUACAGAAGAAUCUUCGAGUUUGGUAGCAGCAGCGGAUGUUCCACUGUUUGAUGAUAUCAAUAGUAUUGAGGUAAGCACCGACACAUUUUUGAAGACUGAUGUAGACAUUUUGGAUAUUGGUGACAGUGGUACUGCAUUGAAAGAUAUAAAUAGAGUCAAAUCUCUUUUCGUUGAAAUGUAUGACAAUAAAAACUUGAGACCAAACCAGCCUGAUAUUCAGUAUACAAUGAGUAUAGAAUUGACAGACAAUAAGCCUUUUAGUUUCUCUCCUCGCCGAUUAUCGCACAGCCAGAAAAUAGAAGUUGAAUCACAGAUAGAUAAAUUACUUAAAGAAGGUGUAAUUGAAGAAAGUAAUUCCCCUUAUGCCAGUCGAAUAGUAUUAGUAAAGAAUAAAGACAAAUCAUGGAGAAUGUGUGUUGACUACAGGGAACUUAAUAAAAUUACAGUUAAGGACAGGUAUCCGUUACCAGUAAUCGAAGAGCAAUUAGACAGUUCUGUAUCUAUUUGCUCUCUGAUGGUCGUUUGGCGAUUUGCCGGCGGUGGCCGUGGGAAUACGUUGACGGAGUUUCUAAAAGAUCCUGGCUGGACUGACGACGGAAUUUCGCUCUGGACGGUGGCAUAUCGAUGGUACGAAUGGCUGCUGAACCACGGCGACGGAUUGUCGCGGGCUCUGGACCCAUUAUGCAUUGUGCUUUGGAGAUUGGGUUGA